CUAGGAGGUGCAUUAGAGUUGGGUAAUUGUUGGCAAAAAUGCAAGGAUUAGCACCAAAUCUGUGGCUUCUAAUCUCAGUUUUGACCAACAAUGUCGACAUUGUGAAAAGUUUCUUUCAGUGUGCUACACGCCUACACGAGAUCCAUCCUCCAUUGACAUUGCACCGGCACCCUAUGUGUGCUGAAAUCAUUGAGGCAUUCCAGAAAUGUCAUGCAGAUCACCCUUUUGGCAAAAUUUUCGGCAAGUGCACUGAGCUCAAAAUUAAACUUGAUGGCUGCUUCAGGAAGGAGGUGGAUGCUAGAGCAAGUUAUAGCCUGUCAUUAGGAGUAUCCUAUCCUGAGUUACUUGUACUUGAUGAUAAGAAUACUCCAUUAUCUACAGAACACUUGCGUUCAGAAAAUUCCGUAAGACAAAGAAGCAAUGGAGGUUGUGUUUGCCUUAAGCAUAUCACCCUCUUUUACUUCAGCGACAUCGACAUAAUCUGCGGGAAGCCAAGAAGGAUGUCGCUAAUGCUAUUGAUUGUAGCUGAUUUUUUGAUUAAACUCGAGAACAAGAAUGGGAAUGCUCCCCUUGACUAUAGCAGUGUUUCCAUCAACCAGUCUGCUCUCUUAUAUUUGUUAGAAUAUUUUGAAGCACAAGGUGUGCAAGGUGUUAACAUGCUAGAGAAACUGGCAUUGGACUUAGCAGACACAAAAACAAGACUCGGGAAUCCUACAGUUCCAAUGGAUACUGGGUAAUUCUGUCUUGUGUCAUGGAAUUGUUAGCAAGCUCACAUGGCUCACAGUGUGGAUUUUGUACUCCUGGAUUUGUCAUGUCCAUGUAUGCUUUACUAAGGUCUAGUCAAACUCCUCCAACUGAGCAGCAAAUUGAAGAAAGUCUGGCAGGGAACUUGUGUCGCUGCACAGGUUAUAGGCCAAUUAUCGAUGCCUUUAGAGUUUUUGCUGAAACUGAUGACAUGAUAUACACAGUUGGUAACUCGGCAAGCCAACAAGGCAACGAGUUUAUUUGUCCUUCAACUGGUAAACCCUGCUCAUGUGGACAAAAGUCUGAUGGGAAUUCACCUUGCCGUGCCUCCCGCCCCAGGCUAUAUUAGGCUGUGUGCCCGGGCAGCAAAUUUUCCAGCUUUCCUGCCUCGGUUGGAUUUACAAAUGAGGGAAAGGUACUAGCUCUGGACCUUGAGAUAUAUAACAAUGCUGGAAAUUCACUUGAUCUCUCUCUUGCUGUCCUUGAACGCGCAAUGUUUCAUUCAGACAAUGUUUAUGAGAUACAAAUGCCCGCAUAAAUGGCAAAGUUUGCUUCACCAAUCUUCCAAGCAAUACUGCCUUCCGUGGAUUCGGUGGCCCACAAGGGAUGCUGAUUGCUGAAAAUUGGAUUCAGAGGAUAGCCAUGGAGCUCGAGAAGAACCCGGAGGAGAUCAGGGAAAUAAACUUCCAAAGUGAAGGAUCAAUAUUGCACUAUGGCCAAAUACUUGAGCAUUGUACAUUACCCGAGUUGUGGAAUCAACUGAAAUUAUCACGCGACUUCCAUAGAGCACGUCCUGAUCUGGAGCUCCAAAUGUUAAGGCUAUACAUUCUUCAAAAGCUGUUGGCGAACCUCCAUUUUUUUUGCUUCCGCAGCCUUUUUUGCCAUCAAGGAUGCUAUCGCAGCUGCUAGAGCGAAGCAGGCUACAGUGGUUGGUUUCCUCUUGACAUCCUGCUACACCUGAGAGAAUCCGUAUGGCUUGCACUGAUGAAUUUACGUUGAGAUUUGUCGAUCCAGAGUUCCGUCCUUAACUCAGUAUCUGAGUUGAUUCUCAUGGAAUUUUGAGUUUUGUGUACCUUCACAUGAACAAAUACCCCCUAGUUCCAGGGGUUACAAGAUCGAUUUUCAUCCGUGCAUAUGGUGAGUGGGCCUGCCAUACAUAUUUCAAAAUGAAAAAGAAAUCUUCACUACCGUGUAAAUUAAUCAAACAUGUAAACUGAUAUGUUGGUUUAGUAGAAAGUGAGAUCAUAUGGUGAGUAUUUAAAUUAGCAUUAUAGAGGCUAAAUAUGAGUUGAGCUUGUGAUCAUAUACUACUAUGAGCUUAAAAGUUUAGCACAGGUCUGAAGUGUUUGAUUGUUUCUCAUGCCGCUUGACUCGUUCCAAUUUUCUAAUAAUUCAGCUGGAAUUAAGUUGCUUGA